AUGGAUCGGCCGUCUGUUGAUCGUGGUCGUCGUAUGAGGUCUGCUUCGUCAAUACAACAAGACAACUUCGACGUGACAUCUCCAAGUGCCGAGAAUAGCAAUGACGAACCACCUGUCAAUCCAACCGUCAACCGAGCCCGAACAUGGAAUCUCGCAGACUCGUCUCCAAACGCAGGCAUUCGUCGUCGUGGCACAACAACAAGUUUCCGGCCACGAAAUAGAUCUCUGGUUCGAAGGGCUACUGGAAAUAGCUUUGGCAAUGAGGAACCGUUUAGUCUUGCUGGACCUCAGGAUAUCGUCGCUGUUGCUCAUCAACAUACUCCAUAUGUGGAUCCUGGAUAUGCGCAACUCAAUCCGGCCUAUACGCAACCUAUGCAUGCUAGACCGGUAUGGUCGUUGGCGAAACCUCUCCCUAGGGUGGUGAGGCCGGGUAUGGUACCCACUGCCAGCGAGAUUGACAGUGUCAACCAACAAGCGAAUGAUACCCAGAUCACAGAAGGUGAUGUAGAGCAAGGACCGGAGCCUACACUUCGUCUCGGGCGUGUGUCCUCUAAACUCCAAGCAGUUCGUGCUGAAAGGGAAAGACGCUUCGUGGAAGGUAGAUCUGGAUCCAAGAAAACAACGCGAACAAGAGCGGAUUCUCAAUCUUCAGUACACUCGCAAAAUCAACAAUUGCGCCGGGAAAACAGUGCGCAACAAGGCUCUACGGUGGAUGUCUUACCUGAUGUAGCUGAAGAACACGAACCCGUCGACCAUGAGCAAUUCCCAGAUUACAACGAUACUUUUGACGCAACACCUUCCUAUCGCCCGACCUACGAAUUUGACGACAGCUUUUCUGCAAAAACAGCGCUUGAUGAUACGAUACUCUCAGACGACGACUUGACCCUCAACAACAACAAUCUAGAAGAUGAAGUCUACAACGCUCACACACAUUGGAGUGUAAUCCGCCACCGCUUCCGACAAGAAUUAGCAGAAUUCCUCGCCGUUCUCGUUCAACUAACCCUAGGCUUUUGCUCCGACCUCGCAAUCACUUUCGGAGGUGCUUCUGCAAAUAACGCAAUAUACGGAACACUAGCUUGGGGCUUUGCAACCAUGACUGGCAUCUACAUAGCCGGAGGACCUAGUGGUGCGCAUCUCAACCCCGUGGUCACGAUUGUAUUGUACAUUUUCCGCGGAUUUCCAAAACGACAGAUGCCGGGAUAUUUUGCGGCGCAGUUCUUCGGUGCGUUUUUUGCUGGGUUCAUCGCCUAUGGGCUUUUCGCUUCGCAGAUACAUGCGUAUAUCGCUAUGCCGGAUGCUGGGACUACGACAAAGGAGGCUACGCAGACUGUGCUGAAUGCUUUUGUGACUGGACUGAGAAACGACAAUGUCACGCUUGCAGCGGGAUAUUUCACCGAAUUCGUGGCGACGGCUUUUCUGGCUCUUGUGGUGUUGGCAUUGGGAGACGAUAGUAACACACCACCCGGCGCUGGCAUGACGGCUUUGAUCCUCGGCUUUGUAAUCUGCGUUCUUCUUCAAGCUUUUGGUCCCAACACCGGGGCAGCUUUGAACCCUACCCGCGACUUGGGUCCCAGACUUGCGUUGUACUGCUUGGGCUUCUCGAGAAAGUUGCUUUGGGGUGGCAAUUGGUGGUUAUGGGGACCUUGGCUGGGUUGUAUACCGGGAGGAAUUGUGGGAGCGACGUUGUAUGAUAUUUGCAUCUUCACUGGUGGAGAGAGUCCGGUGAAUUAUCCGAGGAAGAGGAUUUGGAGGGCUGGGCACAAAGCGAAGAGGAAGUGGGGCAAGAGACUUAGACCAUGGAGGAAGGGUAAGGGGAAGAAGGCGCAGGACGAGGAGAAGGUGCAGAGGGAGAUGCCUGUGGGUAUAUGA